AUGAAAAUGGAUGCAGACUUGCUACACUCACCAGCUGUGGGCUUUGCUGAGGAGGAGGCCGACAUGAAUGAUUGGGAGCUACCCCUGGCCUUCAUGAAGAAACGGCACUCAGAAAAGAUAGAGGGAUCUAAAGCACUUGCGCAGAGCUGGAGGAUGAAAGACAGAAUGAAGACUGUGAGUGUAGCACUGGUGUUGUGUCUCAAUGUUGGAGUGGACCCACCAGAUGUGGUCAAGACAUCCCCUUGCGCCAGACUGGAGUGCUGGAUUGAUCCUCUUUCGAUGAGCCCACAGAAAGCUCUGGAGACCAUUGGGGCCAACCUGCAAAAGCAAUAUGAAAACUGGCAGCCAAGGGCACGGUACAAACAAAGCCUGGACCCCACAGUGGAUGAGGUAAAAAAGCUAUGCACGUCACUGAGACGAAAUGCCAAAGAGGAGCGGGUACUCUUCCACUACAAUGGCCACGGGGUUCCACGGCCGACUGUCAAUGGAGAAAUUUGGGUUUUUAAUAAGAACUACACUCAGUACAUCCCGCUGUCCAUCUAUGACCUUCAAACCUGGAUGGGGAGCCCUUCCAUUUUUGUGUAUGACUGCUCCAAUGCUGGAAUCAUUGUCAAGUCCUUCAAACAGUUUGCUCUGCAGCGAGAGCAGGAGCUGGAGGUGGCUGCCAUCAAUCCCAGCCAUCCACUCGCUCAGAUGCCACUGCCACCAUCCAUGAAGAACUGUAUUCAGCUGGCCGCCUGUGAGGCCAGCGAGUUGUUACCAAUGAACCCUGACCUCCCUGCUGACCUGUUCACUUCCUGCCUCACCACGCCUAUAAAGAUUGCCUUGCGAUGGUUUUGUAUGCAGAAGAGUGCCAAGUUGGUGCCAGGUGUGACGUUAGACCUUAUUGAGAAGAUCCCUGGCAGGCUCAACGACAGGCGCACUCCCCUCGGAGAGCUCAACUGGAUCUUCACAGCCAUCACCGAUACCAUUGCCUGGAACGUUCUGCCCAGAGAUUUGUUCCAGAAGUUGUUUCGCCAGGACCUUCUGGUGGCCAGCUUGUUCCGCAAUUUCCUAUUAGCUGAGAGGAUAAUGAGGUCAUAUAACUGUACGCCAGUCAGCAGCCCUCGCUUGCCUCCAACAUACAUGCAUGCCAUGUGGCAAGCAUGGGAUCUGGCCGUGGAUAUCUGCCUGUCUCAGUUGCCAACCAUCAUUGAGGAGGGUACUGCAUUCAGGCACAGUCCUUUCUUUGCAGAACAGCUGACAGCAUUUCAGGUGUGGUUGACAAUGGGCGUGGAGAACCGGAAUCCACCUGAACAACUACCGAUUGUACUGCAGGUUCUCCUGAGCCAAGUGCAUCGACUUCGGGCUCUGGAUCUUCUUGGACGCUUUCUGGACCUUGGACCUUGGGCUGUCAGUCUGGCUCUCUCUGUUGGGAUCUUUCCAUAUGUGCUGAAGUUACUUCAGAGCUCAGCCAGAGAACUGCGGCCAUUGCUUGUUUUUAUCUGGGCUAAAAUCCUGGCUGUGGACAGUUCUUGUCAGGCUGACCUGGUCAAAGACAACGGUCACAAGUACUUCCUCUCUGUGUUGGCUGACAGCUACAUGCCAGCUGAACAUCGAACCAUGGCUGUCUUCAUAUUGGCUGUUAUUGUGAACAGCUAUAGUACAGGACAGGAGGCCUGUCUGCAGGGUAACCUAAUAGCAAACUGCCUGGAGCAGCUUUCGGACCCCCACCCACUGCUCCGCCAAUGGGUAGCCAUAUGCCUGGGUCGCAUUUGGCAGAACUUUGACCCGGCCCGCUGGUGCGGAGUUCGUGAUAGUGCACAUGAGAAGCUCUACACCUUGUUGUCUGAUCCAAUCCCUGAGGUGAGGUGUGCGGCUGUCUUUGCUCUCGGGACAUUUGUGGGAAAUUCCGCAGAGAGAACAGACCACUCCACCACCAUCGACCACAAUGUGGCCAUGAUGCUUGCCCAGCUCCUCAACGAUGGAAGCCCGAUAGUCCGCAAGGAGUUGGUGGUUGCACUGAGUCACCUGGUAGUCCAAUAUGAAAGCAACUUCUGUACCGUUGCCCUUCAAUUCAUAGAGGAGGAGAAAAAUUAUACAGUGCCAUCUCCAGCAAACCCUUCAGGUACAUCGACUGAGCUUGGUAACUUGACUCCAGUGAGGGACAGCCCAGCCAUCCCACGUCUGCGAUCUGUCAACUCCUACACAAACAUUCGUGCAGUCACCACUGCCCGCAACCUGAACAAAAGCCUACAGAACCUCAAUCUCAAUGAAGAAGGUGGACCUGCAGCUUUUUCACCUGGAAAUUUGAGCACCAGUAGUAGUGCCAGCAGCACCCUGGGAAGCCCUGAUAAUGACGAGUACAUUCUCUCCUUCGAGACGAUUGACAAAAUGAGACGUGUUUCAUCUUAUUCUUCACUUAAUUCCCUUAUAGGUGUCUCCUUCAACAGUGUUUACACUCAAAUCUGGAGAGUGCUUCUCCAUCUGGCUGCAGAUCCUUUUCCUGAAGUAUCUGACUUGGCUAUGAAGGUCCUCAACUGCAUCGCAUACAAGGCAAUGAUGAAUGCCCGUCCUCAGAGAAUUUUGGAUUCUGGAUCUCUCACCCAGUCAGCUCCGGCUAGCCCCACUAGCAAAGGCACGCAUAUUCAUCAAGCAGGUGGCUCUCCUCCCAUGCCCAGCACCAGCAGCUCAAGCUUGACCAACGAGGUGCCAAAACCCCCCACCAGAGAUCAACCUGCCCCACGUCCCCCAUACACACCCACACUUGGAGGACAAGCACCCCAUUCCCACCAGUUCCCCCGCACUCGUAAAAUGUUUGACAAGGGACCUGAGCAGGCUGCUGAGGAUGGGGAUGAGCCUUGUGGUCACAGAAACUACAUCAGUGCAACCCUACAAACGGGUCUUUGUGAUUGGAGUGCCAAGUACUUUGCUCAACCAGUCACAAAGAUCCCAGAGGAGCAUGACUUGCAGAGUCAGGUGAGAAUGGAGCGGCAGUGGAGAUUUCUGAGAAAUGCUCGCGUCAAAAGGCUAAGCAGAAGCAUCACACAAAAAGGUGUUUCUCGACUUGACGAUCAAAUAUUCAUCAAUCGCAACCCCGGAGUUCCCUCUGUUGUCAAGUUUCACCCCUUCAACACCUGUAUAGCUGUCGCUGACAAGGACAGCAUCUGUUUUUGGGACUGGGAGAAGGGCGAAAGGUUGGAUUACUUCUACAAUGGCAACCCUCGCUACAGCCGCAUCACAGCCAUGGAGUAUCUGAAUGGACACGACUGCUCAUUGCUGCUCACCGCAACAGAUGAUGGAGCAUUGCGUGUUUGGAAGAACUUCGCUGACCAGAAAAACCCGGAGAUGGUGACGGCGUGGCAGGGCCUCUCUGAUAUGCUGCCUACAACCAGAGGUGCAGGCAUGGUUGUAGACUGGGAGCAAGAAACCGGACUACUUAUGACGUCUGGAGAUGUUCGAGUUAUUCGAAUCUGGGACACUGACAGAGAGAUGAAGGUCCAGGACAUCCCAACAGGAGCGGACAGCUGUGUGACUAGCCUGUCCUGCGAUUCCCAGCGUUCACUUAUUGUUGCCGGUCUGGGCGACGGCUCUGUUCGAGUCUUUGAUAGGAGGAUGGGGCCAAACGAAUGUCGCAUCAUGACCUACCGAGAGCACGGCGCUUGGGUGGUGAAAGCUCACUUGCAGAAGGAGACAGACGGCCAUAUAAUCAGCGUUAGUGUCAACGGAGACGUUCGAUUCUUUGAGCCCCGCACGCCAGACUCUGUUAACGUGUUGCAGACAGUGAAGGGGUUAACAGCGCUGGACAUUCACCCCCAGGCUAACCUGUUCGCCUGCGGAUCAAUGAACCAGUUCAUUGCGGUUUACAACGCUAACGGUGACGUGAUCAGCAACAUCAAAUACUACGACGGCUUCAUGGGACAAAGGAUUGGGGCCAUCAGCUGUUUAGCCUUCCAUCCACACUGGCCCCACCUGGCGGUUGGUAGCAAUGACUACUACAUGUCAAUCUACUCAGCUGAGAAGAGGCUCAGAUAA